UCCGAAGAAGAAGAAGAAAGAGCACGUGUUUCCGGUUUUCCUCUGAGGGAAGUAUUUGUGAGGUAACAGAGAAAUAAAAUGGUUCGUAAAUUAAAAUAUCACGAGCAGAAGCUGUUGAAGAAGGUAGACUUCAUCAACUGGGAGGUGGACAACAACCUGCACGAGGUGAAGGUGUUACGGAAGUAUCACAUCGAGAAGCGCGAGGACUAUACAAAGUACAACAAGCUCAGUCGGAACAUCAGAGAGCUGGCGCAGAAGAUCAGAGACCUGGAUGAGAAGGACGGCUUCAGAGCUCAGAGCACACACCGCUUCCUGGAAAAGCUGUACAGCAUCGGCCUGAUCCCCACCAGACAGAACCUGUCGCUGACAGAGAAGGUCACGGCCUCGUCCUUCUGCAGGAGGCGGCUGCCCAGCAUCAUGCUGAACCUCCGCAUGGCUCAGAACCUGAAGACGGCCAUUACCUUCAUCCAACAAGGACAUAUUCGUGUCGGCCCGGACAUCGUCACAGAUCCAGCGUUUCUCGUCACAAGAAAUAUGGAAGAUUUUGUCACCUGGGUGGACUCUUCGAAGAUCAAGCAGCACGUCCUGAAUUAUAAUGACGAGAGGGACGACUUUGAUCUGAUGGCAUGAGUGGGAAUGAACUGUGCUGCAAAGACAACGGAGGAGGAGGAAUGCUUAAAACUCCAACAGGACAGACUUACGGACUUCUGGCCUUGUUUACUGUAGAUUCCUUCUGGAUAUGAAGGAUGAAUGCUGCCACAUUCAGCAUGAAGCGGUCUUUAAAUGUCAAACUCCUGGCUUUAACAUUAGGACUGCACCAGUAAAUGGGCCCUGAUUGCCUUUAAUUUGGGCGAUCGGCCGAUACUGAAAUAAUUUUUAAUUAUUCAGGCCGAUACCUGAAUAAUUAAAAAAAAAUUGAUAGUCAAAGUCUAAAUCAGCAGGUCAGGUUGUCCUCAUGGACCCAUUGACUCGUCUGUAAGUGUCUUUCCUUGUGAUAGUUGACGGGUUAAAGAUUGUUGAACAACCAGAAAUCCUGUAUUGGUGAAACCGUGUUUAAAAUACCUUCGGAAAAUUAUUUAGUUCCAGAACUUUUUUUGCAAAAAAAAUAUAUAUAUAUAUACAUGUAUAUAUAAAAUCUGAUCCUUUUAGUUAGGUAAUUUCUUUGCUUCAAUUCACACCAUUACCUGUUUCUCACCUCAUGGUAAAAAUCCAGGUCCUUUAUUUUGGUUGUGUUUUUAUUGCUUGUUCAUAACAAUUCAAACAUACACAAUAAAGCAUUUACUGGGAUCAGUAAAUGUGUUUUCUGAAA